AUGCAAGAUCCAGUAGUGAUAGAUAGUUUGAAGAAACUCCAGCUGAAAGGCUCUGAUUUAUCUGAGGAAUUUAACUCUAAAUUGUCUGAGUUAUAUAAGUGGUAUAACGACCAAUUAAACCUAAUUUCCGAUGAUAUGUUACACAUUUUAAAUAAUCCUAAAUCAUCUAAUAAAACUAGCAUAAAUAAUGAGAAUCCGCCAGAUAUUUGUGAUAAUGGUCCAAGAUUAAAGUCGAGGGAGCCCACGGGCGAGUUUGAUAUCAUCUUUACAAAAUCCAGCCCCCCCGAUAAAAUCAUCAAUGUCGAUAAUCCUGAACAUGCCACUAAGAGUUGGCCAAAAUUCUGGUUACAUGCUCUUCUGGGCUGUAAAACAACUCGUUUAUGGAUCUCUGAGAAGGAUUAUGACAUUCUGGAAUACUUGAACGAUAUCAGGGUUGAGGUUUUCGACUCGAAUGAAAUUGUUGAAUCUUUUGAAGUUACGUUCUAUUUCAACGAAAACCCGUAUUUCUCAAACUCAAAGCUGUGGAGGAGUUUUGACUUUGAUAGGAAUCUCAUAACCUCAGAGUCCAGCGAGAUUUACUGGACUUCAGAAGUCAUUGACGAUUCUUAUUUCGGGUUCUUUUCCUUCUUUAACACUCUGAUUGAGUAUGAGGACUUGAAGUUUGCAAUUUGCAUAAAGGAUAAGAUAAGAAGGAAUCCUCUCAAGUACGUGCUAAGGUAUCAGUCAGAGCUUUCCGGUGAUAAAGAACAAGAGUCCGACACAGAUGAUGAGGAAUAUAGUAGUACCAAGGCCGGCUCCAGAUAUCCAUUCUCUUGGCUGUUUCAAAAAUAA